UUGGGCAACAGGGAACAUGGAGGAACUUGCUGUCGAAGUUUGUGGCAAAAACGGCGCUUACUAUAAGGGCUAUGUACGGAAUAUCCAUCAGGAUCAAGUCAGUGUCGCCCUUGAAAAUGACUUGAAUAACCCCAAAAGRGUUCCAUAUGAGGAGGUUCGACUUCCACCUUSCUCAACUCAACGAAAAGAUCUCUACGUGGAUGAUGAAGUGGAGAUAUUUUCAAGAGCAAAUGAUGACGAACCUUGUGGUUGGUGGCCAGGAAGGAUAGUCCAUAAGAAGGGAGAGUUUUAUGUAGUUCAGUACAAUGGAUGGGAUGCAACCUUCAAUGAAAUUGUCCCAAGAGAACGCAUUAGGCCCUCCAGUUGCAAUGGACCAAUUUAUAGAAGUAUGUACUACAAAGUAAUGAUUGAUGUUCCUCCAGAUCUCAGAGCAAUAUGUAAAGAUGACAGUCAUCAUAGAGAAUUUAAAAGGCAGUGCAAUGCAGCCUGUGUUGGAUACAAUGACAACAUGAAUGUUCUUGUAGUCUUGUCAAGAUAUGAACUUCCUGUAAAGAGAGCAGCCAUGUUAAGUGAGAUGCAUUUUAGAAGCUUACGAACAAAAAUGCUCCUUCAGUGUUGGACAGAUGAAACUGCCAGACAACUGGAGGUGGCAAAGAAACAGAUGGGAAUUUGUGAUAAACUCAAGUUACCUGAACAUCUCAUGGGAUUAGCUAUUGGUGCUCAAGGAGUAAAUAUUCAACAAGCAAGAAAACUACAUGGAAUCCUGUCAAUUGAAGUAGAUGAAGACAAUUGUACAUUUUACAUCUGUGGAGAGAAUGAGACCGUCAUCAAYGAAGCAAGGCGUCUACUUGAGUUUGCUGAGGAAACUGUUUAUGUCCCAAAACCCCUUGUAGGCAAAGUGAUUGGUAAAAAUGGGCGCAUCAUACAAGACAUGGUUGAUAGAUCUGGWGUUACCAGAGUGAAGAUUGAACCUCCAACAGAAAAUGAAACUGAAGAAGAAAAAUCUGCAAAGAAAGAAGUGUCAUUUCUCUUUGUUGGUACAAAGGAGUGUAUUGUGAACUGUCGAAUAAUGCUAGAUUACCACCUUUCACACCUAAAGGAAAUAGAGAACAUGAAAAGAGAGAAAGAGGUGUUAGAUCAGCAGUUACAGAACAUGGGCAUCAGUCCACCUACAGGGCCAUCAUACAUCCCCACUCCUGCUGAAAUGCGCAGUGGUACAAACCUAAUGAUUGCUUCACAAGACUCAACAAACAGCGGUGGUAGAGAUAGAUCCCUGACAACAGAGAGUUAUGGCGGUGAUUUAAAUGAAGCACUUUCAAUAAGCACUAAUCCUGGUCAAAAGGGACGCAUCAACACAACAGUCAGGAUACGGUCAAGUAGUGAAAGUGAAGGAAACUCUGAUGGGGGACAGAAGAACUCAAGCAAAAGAUCCAAUACCCCAACAUCUGAGUUGAAAGACAUCCAAGAGGAAAUGGAAGAGCACAGCCAUGACAGCCAUAAUGGCUUUUCAAAGAGUUCACAUGGAAAGAAGCCCUCACCGUGGUUUAUGGGCCAAUCAAAACRCUCCAGUAGUGAGGGAAAGGAUGACAAAAAUGAUGGCAGAACACAUAAUGGCAGAGGCACACGGUCAGAUAACAAGAACUGGAACCAAGGGAAAUCACAAUCACGUCAACCAUUAAACCGUUCUCGUGCUAACAGUGGCAACAAUCAAACUCAACUAAGACCCAAUGCUGGAAGCCUGGGGCAGAAUUGGAGAAAGUCAGACAACAACAGAAGAAAAAGUGAUGAUACUGAAAAACUACUUGACAACAAGCAUGGAGGACAGAAAAGUGAUAGCAAGGAGAACUCAACUGAGGUGGAGACGCAAAAGCAAAAUGGAUCAGACACAAAAGAACAAAACACCACAAAAAAACAGGUUGUUGAAGAAAAAUCUGAAGCAACUUCAGAAGGUACAUCACAGGACAAGAGUACACAAUCAAAGGCAAAUGGUGAAGCAGAAUAAAUCAAGAUGGCAAAAAAAUAGUUGUAAUAUAGUCUGAAUAGCAAGUGUCAGUGUUAAGAAAAAGUGAUGGGCUGUUUUCUCCUUUUUAACAUUUUAAUAACCUAUUUUCAAUUAAGACUUCAUUUACUGUCGUGUUUUACCAAUACAAUAGUACAAGUCUAUACUUGAGAAUGGUUUUUAAAAUGAUUUUCAGCAUCCUACUCAAUUAAAUGUCAGAUUUGAUUUUUAUGCUAAUCAUUUUAAAAUAUCUUAGCCAUUUGACAAAUUUGACCAUCGUAAAUCUUUUACUUACUACCAUCAAAGUUAUUUUAACUAUGCAUGCGUGCAGAUUGAUAUGGAGUAAUAAUUAUUAACCAUUUUAGUAAAAGUUUUGUGACAUUUUUGAUGGCAUGUCAUGCAGCAAACUAGCACUUAUUCAGAUAUUUUAAUAGGUUAUUUUAUUCAAAGCUGUCACUAUUUUUGAGUCAUAUUGCUAAUUGAUAAUUCUGUACUGUUGAAGAUGUGAUAUAUGUGUAUACGAUUAUACCAUGGGACACCUACCAGACCAUGAUGACAGUAUACAUGGGGAGUGAUCUACAGAACUAACUUCCAUGUUCUGUCUUAGUUUGAAAUGCAAAUCAUGAAACAUACAAACAAAAAAAGUAACAAAAAACAAAGAGAAAAACAAACAAAAACACUAAUUAUCUCACUGUAAAUUACAUUUAUUUUGUGUAUCUAAAGUGAUUUAUUUGAUUUAAUAAAGUCACAGAUGACAACAAUGUA